UUUCAUCAUUUCGUAUCUGUCGCUUCAAGUGGAAAGAUAUUAUUGAAACUUUUUGGAAAAAAUUCAUUAUUUGGAUAAUAUUUUAUAAAAAAGUGUGAAGUGAUUGGAUUUUAUUAAAAGUUUUAUUAAAUUUUGGACUUAUAAGAAGAAGCCAUUUUUUUGAAAUACCAAAAAUUCAGAUUUGAUCAUUAACUCCAAGGUCAAAAGCUCUCAAGUCUUUGUUAAUUGAAAAAAAUUUUGUAUUAUUUAUAAAAAAUGACCGACAAUUAUUAAAACCAAAUCAAUAAAAUAUAAAAUUAAAGCUAAUAAUAAACAAAAAAUAAUAAUUAAAAUUUUAAAGUGUAAUCAAUCGUAUAGUAUAUUUUUUAAUGCAAUAUUAUAUAUUACAUACAUAGAAAUAUAUUCAUAAUUAGACAUAUAUUUGAUACGUGACGUUUAGAAAUUGACAUAAUCACUGACAUAACAGAGGCGUAUAAAAUAAGAAAGAAAAGAAUAAUGAGGAAAUUACCAGUAAACAAUAAUAAUAACAUAAACAAUAUAAAUCAAAAUAAUACUAGUGAUAGUAAUAUGGAUGCAACAUUUUUUGAAGAAAAUAAUCAGUUCAGUAAUACAAAUCAAUCAAACACAAUUAAAAGGCCUGCUUCUUUGGAUUUAAAUUCAAAUAAAAAUCUAGCUAAAAAACAACGUCUUAAUCAAACUGUUCCACCAUUAGUUUUAGAUUCACCGGGUAAUUUAAAAGAUUUACCAUUUAAUACUCCUGAAUUAUUAGAAAAGUUUUUAUUGAAUGCUCCUACACCUAACAAUAACAUCGUUGUGUUUCCGCCAACAAAAGCAACAAAAGAGCAAGAAAAUUUCUCAAAAGGUUUCGUAGAAGCCUUGGAAAAAUUGAAGGAAGGGGAAAAUACACAACAAAAUUCUAGUAAUUCCACUGUCCAAAAUCAGUCAUCUCAACAAACUCUAGUAACUAAUACCACAGCUUCUGUGGUAACAACAAGCGGAAUGAGUGGUGGAUCAAUAACUUAUACUAAUUUAGAUGAUAGUUUUCCAAUUGCUGCAAUAAAAGAUGAACCUCAACCGGCUUCACCACCAGUGAGUCCUAUCGACAUGGAAACUCAAGAAAAAAUUAAGUUAGAACGAAAACGUCAGAGAAAUCGCGUAGCCGCAUCUAAAUGCCGAAAGCGUAAACUAGAACGUAUUUCCAAAUUAGAAGAUAAAGUUAAAACAUUAAAAGCGGAAAAUGCUGAAUUGGGAGCUGUAGUAAAAAAUUUGAAGGGGCAUGUAUUUCAGCUGAAACAAGAAGUAAUCGAUCAUGUAAAUUUCGGUUGUAAUAUACCUGUAUAUGCAAAUGGGACAUCAAUGUUAGCGACCAAAUAACAUUUGGAUAACCAUCAAGUGGAGUUUGAAUGUAAAGAAGCAGAUGAUGAAAGAAAUCUGAGUAAUAAAAAUAAAAUAGAUAAUUUAAGUUUUUAUUGCGAUAGUCAACUACAACCUCAACAACAACCACAUAAUUUUAAUAAUAUACCAUCAUCCAGUAACUGUAGCAGUGACUGUGAUGAAGAAAAUAUAAAUAAUGACACUAAUAAAAAUAAUAAGCCUCUUUUAUUAGUUCUAAUUACUGAUUAUGAUAUAAUGCAAUAAAUCCCAAAAACAAUGAAAUUGAAAAUAAUAUAAUGUAAUUUUAGAAAGAAAAAGACAGGAAUAUAUUUAUAAUACCAUAAAAUCAAAAUUAUUUAGAUGAAAAAUAUGUAUUAUAUUUAAUUGGAUAAAAUUUUUAAAGAAUUUCAUAAUAUAUUUAAUUUAGUUUUAAGAAUCUUUAUAGUAUAUUAAACAUUUAAUAUAAACUAAUAUUGUUG